CUCAACGUGACCUUUCUCAAUUGGAUUGUGGCACGCUUGAGAUAAUAUCCUCAUCUACCUCGAAUCCACGUGCCACCCCGGCCAUAGACUGAGCCCAAUAGAGGGCGAAACUCCCUGGGAUGAUAUCGAUUUCACAUCUUCUUUGCCAACACGACGUCGGAUUUUUGGCCCUCAGUCUAGAUGGUUCGAGAAUUUACAGGUACGAUGGCAAGGAAUGACAUCGCGCAUAGUCGCCUUCAUCGAGACGAACCUGGGGAUGCUGUUGAUCAUAGUAGCGCAAUUCUUCUUCGUAUGCAUGAACCUUGGCGUCAAGCAGCUGGACAGCCUUGAUGUCCCCAUGCAUACCCUUGAGCUCAUCGUAGUCCGCAUGGGAAUUACCUUGGCAUGCUGUGUAUUAUACAUGGUCGUAAUGAAGAUUCCGGAUCCUAUCCUUGGUCCCAAAGGCGUGAGGCUGUUGUUGGUGAACAGAGGCUUGUGCGGUUUCUUCGGUCUGUUCGGGAUGUACUAUUCCCUGCAGUACCUUUCAUUAGCAGAUGCGACGGUGUUGAGCUUUCUUACGCCACUUUCAGCGGCAAUAGGUGGAUACAUCGUCUUAAAGGAGCCCUAUUCGAAGCGUGAAGCAUUUGCGGCCAUCGUGAGCUUGCUUGGUGUCAUUUUAAUUGCUCGACCGCCUUUUUUGUUCGGUAAUACUUACAGCGUGAACUCGGACAGCAGUGAUGUGGCGCCUAGCCUAGGUACCGCGAUAGACAGGAUACGAGCCGUCUGUGUCGCUGUUUUUGGAAUUGUCUUAGGGACUGGCGCCUUGUUGUCAAUGCGUGCGAUAGGCAAACGCGCUCAUCCUAUGCAUCUCAUGAUGUUUUUUUCUGUAUGGUGUACAAUUGUCGCCUCCGCGGCAAUGUACUUCAUGAAGAUCCCGAUUGUUUACCCUCAUAACUGGCAAUGGGCUGUCAUGCUAAUUUUCAUUGGACUUUCGGGUUUUUUCGCGCAGACUUUGACUACGAUCGGCUAUCAACAUGAGACUGCAGCACGCGGUUCUAUGGGUCAAUAUGUACAGCUCUUAUUUGCUGGUGUCCUAGAAUACGUAUUCUUCGGUACAGUUCCUUCACUUCUAUCGCUCAUCGGAGCUGUUAUCAUCAUGACAUCGGCUAUAUACGUUAUUGUUUUAAAGAAGGGUUCACCGAAGGAGCCUGAUGCGAUUGGCCUCAGAGAGCCGGACUCCGUCCUUGAGGAAGGCCUCUUGCAUACCGCUAAAUGCGGUGAUUAAACUUGCUGAGACGGGUUCGAGCAGGAGGAUAGGACAUGACAAAGACUUGAAGCAAAAGCCGUCAUCGGUGUGGAGAAGGUCAUGAUUUUACAACAUAUUACAAUCAUAAACACAUAUUCCCUCGAUGCCGGCUGAAAAUUAUGUAUUACUAUUUGGCCUUCAAUGCUAUGUCCUCUGUUGAUCGCCCC